AUGGAUCUGCUUACUGUCGUACAGCAAUGUCAUAAUGACGAUCCAUGGUCAGACACCAGCUUGACGCCAUUCUUUCUCAGUCAACCUCCUCAAGGCGUUCAGAUCGGAUUCCUGCCUCCAUCUGUGGAUAGAAAACAGGUCUGGCUCAAUGAUUCACUACAGACCAAGAAAGCUAGAACGGAAGGAUUGAGGCAAAUCGUUGAAUCAUGGCGUGAUCGAAAUAUAUUCCCUGAUCCAUUAAAAGGAUGGAGAAAUGAAUUAUACAGCAUUUAUGGACCUGAUCGAAAAGAAGCUUUUGCAUUGGAACGUUCUGCUUGUGCUUUAUUCGGUUUGGCAACGUUUGGAGUUCAUGCUACUGCUUAUACAUCAAAUUAUAAAAUAUGGGUACCUAAACGAGCACAUAACAAAUCAACUUGGCCAGGUUAUUUGGAUAAUUCCGUUGCAGGUGGAAUAAGUGCAGGAGAUUCACCUUUUGAUUCAAUGGUACGUGAAUGCGGAGAAGAAGCAGGAAUGCAAGAAUCUUUGGCACGUUCAGCGAUGAAACAAAAUGGUGUGAUUUCAUACUUUUAUCGUACGCCUUUAGGAUGGAGACAGCCAGAAGUGGAAUAUACUUAUGAUAUUCUAGUACCUGAUUCAUUUCAACCUAAACCCAUAGAUGGAGAAGCGGAAUCAUUCGAAUUGAUGGAUAUUGAUCAAAUUUUACCCUUAAUGAAACAAGGCAAAUUCAAACCGAAUUGCGCUUUAGUCUUGAUCGAUUUUUUGAUUCGACAUGGUUUUCUAACGAUGGAGAAUUGUGAUUGCGAUUAUGUCAAGUUGGUUUGCUCUCUUCAUAAUGAUUUACGAUUGCCAGGUCCAUGA